AUGGUGGUUAAUUUCAAAGUGUAUAAAAAAUCAUCACCCAAUGGAAAAAUUGCCCUCUAUUUAGGCAAACGAGAUUUCAUUGAUUAUUUAUCGGGAGUCGAACCAGUGGACGGUGUAAUUCUUCUCGAUCAGGAAUAUAUCGAUAGUGGACGUCGAGUAUGGGGACAAUUAAUAUGCAGCUUUCGUUAUGGACGAGAGGAGGACGAAGUUAUGGGUUUAAAUUUUCAAAAGGAUCUCUAUCUUAUUUCCGAGUCACUUUAUCCUGAGAAGAAGAAAAAUGAUACAAAUUUAACAAAAUUACAGGAUCGUUUAAUGAAAAAACUUGGACCAAAUGCAAUUGCAUUUACAUUUUGCUUUCCUCAAACGGCACCAUCGAGUGUUACACUUCAACCGGACGCUGAAGAAAUUGGAGAACCAUGUGGAGUUAGUUAUUAUGUGAAAAUUUUCACCGGUGAAAGCGAUUCUGAUAUUAGUCACAAGAGAAGUACUGUUUCACUUGGAAUAAGAAAAAUUCAAUUUGCACCAACAAAACAGGGAAGUCAACCUUGCACCGUUGUUCGAAAGGACUUUCUCCUUAGUCCUGGUGAAUUGGAACUUGAAGUUACACUUGAUAAACAACUCUAUCAUUAUGGAGAACGUAUUGCUGUUAAUAUUAGCGUGAAGAAUAAUAGCAAUAAAAUUGUUAAGAAAAUGAAGGCCUUGGUACAACAGGGAAUUGAUGUUGUUAUUUUUCAAAAUGGACAAUUUCGAACAGUUAUUCAUGCUGUUGAAACUCAAGAUGGAUGUCCCAUUAAUCCGGGAUCAAAUUUGCAAAAAGUCCUUUAUUUGAAACCUGAUCUAGAGGGAAAUAAACAUCGUAGGGGAAUUGCAUUGGAUGGACAAUUGAAGAAUGAAGGACAAGCACAGCUAGCUUCAAGUACAUUGCUAACAUCACCUGAUGUUCGUGAUUCUUUUGGCAUUGUUGUUUCUUAUGCUGUCAAGGUGAAACUCUAUUUGGGUGCAUUGGGAGGUGAAGUUUCAGCUGAAUUGCCAUUUAUUUUCAUGAGACCAAAACCCAUUGAUAGGGUUAAAUUAAUCAAUGCCGAUGGAAUUGUCAUUGAAGAUGCAUCACAGGAAAAAAUAUGCAGUUAAAUUUAUUGAUUUUAUCAAAAAAAAAAAAAAAAAAGCUGAUUUAAUAUUUUGUCAAUAUAUGCGGGUAUACCUCUGGCUGUGACGAAAAAAAAAUAAUACUAUUCUUCAAAAGUUUCAGAUGAAAAUAUUUCAAGUCGUAUAUUUUUAAAAGUCAGUGAAGGAGAAUUUGAAUGGUAGAUUAAUUUUUUUUUUUUUUGCAUGCGCAAAUUAUUCAACUUGUAAAAUUAAUUUAUCUUUUGCUUCAAAAUUUCAAAAUUUAAUUGAAAGAAAUUUAUUUUUCAAAUUAUAAAAAUUAUAAUGGAAAGUAAAAAUUAUUUUUAGUAUCAAGAAAUUGAUUUUUUUUACAUAAUUUUUUUCUGAAUUUAAUUUUUUUUUAAAAUUCAAAAUUAAUUAUUUAAUAUAAUAAAAAUUUAUUCAUCUUAUACGAUUUUGAAACAAAUUUAUUUUUCGAAUUGUUAAAAUUAUAAUGAAUAGUAAAAAAAUUCUUUAGUGUCAAGAACUUCAUUUUUUUCGAAACUUAUUUUUUUGCAAAAAUUCAAAAUUAAUAAUAAUUAUAAUAAUUAUGAAAUGAAUAAUUAAUAAUAAUUAUUCAUCCUGUACGAUUAAUUUAUCUUUUAUUUAAAAACUUCAAAAAUUCAAUAAAAACAAAUUUAUUUUUCUAAUUGUUAAAAUUAUAAUGAAUAGUAAAAAAUUCUUCAAAUUGAAAAUUGAAUAGUUAAUUAUUUAAUAGAAUAAAUACAAAAUUUAUUCAUUUUUUUACAAUUAAUUAUUUCAAAAUUCAAUUGAAACAUACAAUUAUUUUCCGAAUUGUUAAAAUUAUAAUGGAGAAGAAAAAAAUUUUUUAAUAUCAAGAAAUGAAAAUUUUUUUUCUGAAUUUAAUUUUUUUUAUAAAAAUUCAAAAUUAAUUCAUAUUUAAAAUUAAAAUUAUUUUUCUGAUACAACGCAAUUUUUUUUAAUCCAGCAAAAUAUUUUCACUUGUUUUGUUUUUUAUUUGUUCCAAAUAAAUUACUUUUGUUUAAUGAAAUUUUUUUUUGAAACAAACAUAAAUAUUUCUUUUUUUACAAUUAAAAAUUUUCAUUGAUUUUUUUUUAUAAUUAAAAAUUAUCAUUGAAAGAAAAAAAACCUCUGUAAAUUGAAAAAAAAUAUACUUUUUUGAAUGUAUAAGUUAUGAAAAUUAUAUAAAAUAUAUUGAAUAUACAAAAUAGUACCAAAUUAUAAUUUAUUGAUGAUAAAAAUUUAUUUCUACAUUUUUUUUUACUUCAAAAAUUGUUUUGUUGUAAAUAACUACAUAAUAUAAAAAAUAUUUUUAAUAAAUUGUACAAAAAUAUUUUAUUAUGCUAUAUAUAUAAUAUAGAAAUGGUUAUAUUUCUCCAAUAUGUUUCUAAAUAUAUAUAUUUACAUGUAAAAUUUCUCAUUAAAAUUGUUAUUAAUAUACUCUGCAAAUUUUACAUUGUUAAAAAAUUAUUAAUGUGGUUUGCUUGAAUUCAAAAUGACGUAAUUAUUUUAUAAAUUACGUGAACAUAUCCUAUAUAUAUAUAUACUUUUCGAAUUAAAUAUUUUUUUCACUUAUUUAAACAUUAUAGUAUUUAAAAAUGUAUUAUUUAAAGUUGUAAUCAAAUAAAAGCUUUUUAAAAUUGA